AUGACCGUCGACGAAUCAACCCAGACCAAUGGCGUCCCCGAGCCCAGCGCCAGCAAACUCGAAGCAAAGGAUGCGCAAAAGCAACAGUGGACAGUCGAGAGCGUACUCGCAGACAUCAAGCCCCGCAACGCCGAACACACCGACUCGCCCGUUCCGUUCUUCCACCUGCUCGAGCGCCUCAAGACAACAAAGCGAGCGGGCUGGCGCCGCUUCGGCAUCCCAGACUGCGAGUCCAUCGCCGACCACAUGUACCGCAUGAGCAUUCUCACCAUGAUGGCUCCCUCGUCUCUCAGCUCCAAACUCGACAUCCUAAAGUGCUGUCGCAUGGCUGUCAUCCACGACAUGGCCGAGUCGCUUGUCGGUGACAUCACGCCCGUAGAUGAUGUCAGCAAGGAAGAAAAGAGCCGCAGGGAGACAGAGACUAUGGAUUACAUCUGCACCAACCUACUAGGCAAGUUCAAUGGCGGCAUGAACGGACAAGAUGUCCGCGCAAUCUGGCAAGAGUACGAGGAUAGCAAGACACCAGAGUCACACUUUGUCCAUGACGUCGACAAGAUUGAACUCCUAGUCCAGAUGGUCGAAUACGAGCGCAAGUAUCAUUGCGAAAAGGACCUGGGCGAGUUCACGUGGGUCGCAGGACGCAUCCAGAGUGAUGAAGUCAUGGCCUGGGCAAAGCAAAUAUUCCACGAGAGGAAACAAAUGUGGAAGGAUGCGGGGAAGACGCCUACGUGGAGAGCAAACACAGAGCCUGAGGAUUAA